AUGGCCCGGAACACGCUGUCCUCGCGCUUCCGUCGGGUGGACAUCGAUGAAUUUGAUGAGAACAAAUUCGUGGACGAGCAGGAGGAGGCGGCGGCGGCGGCGGGCGAGCCAGGCCCGGACCCUAGCGAGGUGGACGGGCUCCUGCGGCAAUAUCCUUCCCCCGCGCGGAGGCCCAGGCUCCCCCUGUGGCCCGGCCUUCCUACUUUCCUCUACCCUGGCUCUGGCCCCUCAGGCCGGCCUCUCCGCUCCUCUCACCCCCGGACCCCCCAGAAUCACCGGGCUUUCCCCAUUGGUGAAGUGGGGUCAUGA